UUGCCGAUGAAAAAGCGAGAAGACAAACGAAAGAAAUAUUUUUAGGAAGAAGAAGAAGAAAAGAGAACCUGAGGAUUUGAACGGUAGACGUAACACACACCAUCAAAGAGAAGAGAUUUUUUUUUUCCACCUCAUAUGGAUUCAUGUCGUCUCUGUAUGUUAGUCUUGUAGCAAAGCUAUUCUCGUGAUUGAUUUGAAAGCCCUAAUGAGAUUCAUCGAUCAUCGUCUAAUGGAGGAAUCAUCAGCUGAUACGUCUUCCUCUUCCUCUUCCCAUUAUUUCUCUAUUUUCACGAAUUAUCCUCUGAUCUCCGCCGUGUUAGCUUUCACCAUCGCACAAGUCAUCAAGUUCUUUACCACCUGGUAUAAGGAAAAUAGAUGGGAUUUGAAACGGCUUGUUGGUUCAGGAGGAAUGCCUUCUUCACAUUCAGCAACAGUUACGGCUCUUGCCAUGGCUGUUGGUUUACAAGAAGGCUUUGGAGGAUCUCACUUCGCUAUAGCUUUGAUCCUCUCAUCCAUUGUGAUGUAUGAUGCAACUGGUGUGAGAUUACAUGCUGGACGCCAAGCUGAGGUACUCAAUCAGAUUGUGUAUGAACUUCCCGCAGAGCAUCCCCUUGCUGAAAGUUUACCGCUGCGUGAACUUCUUGGUCAUACUCCUCCACAGGUUGUUGCGGGUGGAGUGCUUGGGACUGUCACAGCAGUUUUUGGAUACUUAUUCACCUUCAUGCAUAGCUGAAAAACAGCAAUGGCAAGCAAAUGGACUCCUCCGGAAGCUGGAUUAUUUUUGUGUGGUUUGCUGGUCAGAUCUUUGUCAUUGACAACAUAGUAUAGUUUUUUUUAAGGAAAACAUGAAAAUGUCAUUAAUUACAACGAACAUAGUCUGUUUAUUCAGCCUUAUAGCUGUAUUGUGAAUUGCCUGUUUGCAUGGAAUGAAAAGCAACGCCAAGCAAU